AGGAGGUAAAAUGGGGCCACAUAAGCAUGGUGGAAGCCGAACGGCGUCUCCUGGCACACGCACUGUUGGACCACUCCAACUCCCGCUUCAUCCUCUUGUCGGAGUCACACGUCCCACUCUUUGACUUCCCCACCGUCUACUCCUACCUCACCAACUCCACCAAGGUGUACAUGGAGUCCUAUGACGAGCCGGGAGGGACGGGCCGGGGCCGAUACAAGCGUGGCAUGGCACCCACCAUCACCCCUUGGCAGUGGCGGAAGGGCUCACAGUGGUUCGAGAUGGACCGUGCCCUUGCCAUUGACAUCGUUGCCGACAACGUCUACUUCCCGGUCUUCAAAAAGUUCUGCAAGCGCAACUGCUACACCGACGAGCACUACAUUCCGACAUUCCUCCACAUCCGCCACCCUGAGGUGGCCGCCAGACGAACUGUGACGUGGGUUGACUGGUCCCAUGGCGGGCCCCACCCGUCAAGGUUCACGAGGAUGGAGGUCACGGUGGACUUCCUGCGGUGGCUCAGGGGCGGGACGACAUGUGAGUACAAUGGGAGGACCACCACCGUCUGCUUCCUAUUCGCGAGGAAGUUCCUGCCCAACUCGCUCACCCGCUUCUUGAGAUUCGCGCCAAAGGUGAUGGGCUUUGGCUGAAGGAUCGAUGCAUAUACGGGACUAGACAAAGAACAAUUUAACUUUUAAUUUUUUAGUAGGAUACAUUAUCGCACAAUUCUUUGACUAAUGUUCACGUUUUUGUAAAGCAGCUCUCUAUACUAUGUAUACUUAAGGAUAUACGUUCAUUUUCUCUAAUCCAUCCUUUUAGAAUUCAUUUUGUAAUAGCCAAUGUACAUAACUGUCUCCACAAAUUUGAGCCCUCGGGCAAAAUGUAAAGUGGGGCUCUGAAAAUU